CCGAUCCACAAAAUAACAAUGUAAGAGGAUUUCAUAAAAAACCAAAAUACAAACAAGAAGAAACAAAAAAAGAUUGCCCAAAAUGAGUCCACUUACCCGUGUUUGUGUUCUUUCGAUCAACAUGUGCUUUUUGAUUAUUAUCCCAUUUAUCCUGGCAGGAAAAGAUCAAAAUCCAAUGCGCAUUGGAGAACUUGACGAUUUUUUGAAAGAGCGGGCAAACAAAGCUGUGAUCGAGGCCAUGAGAUCGUAUGAGCCAGAUCCUGAGGAAGUUACCAAAACGUUCGCCAUAGAAGUUACCCAGUCUUUGCAAGGUGAAAAACCUUCCAGAAAGCAACUAAGAGAUCCAAGCAAAGAACCGUUGCAGCCAAACAAAGGACCAAGCAAUGAACCGUUGCAACCAAACAAAGAACCAAGCAAAGAACCAUUGCAACCUAACAAACAACCAAGCAUCGGAACAUAAACAAGAACCUUCAUGGAGAAGUUUGUCAAUGUAUUAAUUCGACGUGGC